AUGUCUCCGCGCCCGUCCCAAUCGCUCAGCGAGGACAUCGUCGUAAUCGGCCCAGACGAUGUCAGCAACUACAACGACGACAGUAUCCUCCCCGAGUCACCAGAAACCACUGCCCGGAUUCGAGACUGGUUGAGACCCACGGAAUACACACUUGACAGCAGCGAGUAUCACAAGCACCUCGCAUCGCACCUCGCCGGGACAGGAACAUGGCUACCAUCUCUCCAGAAAUACCAGCAGUGGCAUAACAGCCCUGACCACGGUAUUCUGUGGAUCAAAGGGAUACCAGGCUCUGGAAAGUCUGUAUUUGCUGCCAGGCUGGCUCAGAUGCUUGCUGAAGAAGGUGUCCCUGUUCUCUUCUUCUUCUUCCGCCAGAUCAUCGACGCAAAUCAUCAACCCAUCAAUCUCAUUCGUGACUGGCUGGACCAGAUUCUCGUCUACAGCCCCCCUUUGCAGGUCAUUCUCAAGGAAUAUGUAGAGACCCACCGCUCUCUCGACAGCGUGUCCAUGGAGGAUCUUUGGAAGCACCUUCGCACAGCGUUAGCUCAGCUUCCGUUGACCUACUGUGUGGUCGAUGCCUUGGAUGAAAUGGACCAGGGAAAUGACGAGUUUAUUCGCAUGCUAGCGGAACUUGGUCACUGGCGACCAUCUCACACCAAAGUCCUCAUGACCAGCCGACCAGUUGCCGCUGUGGAAACCCCAAUGAGACGCAUUGAUUCCAUUGACAUUCGCAUGGACGAGUCUCUGGUGGAUGUCGAUAUUGCCACCUACGUCCAACACACUUUGGAGCAGUAUUCCCUGAAAGAGAGCGACAAAGAAGCUAUUCGAAGGGCAGUCCCAGGGCGAGCCAACGGUCUGUUUCUCUACGCCAAGCUGGCCAUGAACUCGUUUCUUGAACCAAAUGUCAAUGUCACAAGCAUUCUUCAGAAACUACCUCUCAACUUGGACGACAUGUAUUCUGACAUCCUGAGGGAACAUGCUCGGAGAUCUGGAAUCCCCGAAACAACUCAAUUGCAGAUUUUGCAAUGGGUUACCCAUGCCAUCCGACCCCUUCGACUAUUGGAGCUGGCGGAUUUGAUCAAGUCAACGUCAGAUAAAAGCGAACUUAGCUUGAAGGACAACAAAACCCUGGUCCGCGCUGCGUGUGGACCAUUGCUGGAGAUUCUUCCCGAUGAGACUAUCAGUGUCGUUCACCAUUCUCUAACUGAAUUCCUGACUGGGGACACCAGGCUACCAAACUCGACGGGGUUUCCAGUUCUGGACUUUGAAUCAACCCACGCUCAGCUUGCAGUCGCUUGCUUGCUCUACAUGCACUGUGGCUGUCUGAAUGAGCUGGACGGCCGAUACAUGCAUGUUGCAAAGAAUAUGGCGCUUAAAUUUCCAUUCUCCACAUACGCUGUUGAGAACUGGCAUGAACAUGCCGCAAAGUGUAAUUGGUCUGGAAUCUCUGGAGAUCAAUUGUGUCGACAGUUUGACAUAUUCCUUUCAGACACUCUUGUCCGGAUCAACUGGCUGAGCCUAUGUUGGAGCGGUGGUAAAGUUGGUACCGGCUACGGCCCCGAAUACAAUCGGAAACUCUCGAGCCUUCAUAUCGCGGCAUUCUGUGGACUUGAUGGCUACCUUUCGAAAUUCUUUGAUCAUCAUGGGAGUUCCGACAUAGAUGUACGGGAUUAUGAUGAAAGGACGCCGUUGUGGUGGGCCGUACAACGACGUUUUACUCGAACAGUCAACGUCCUUCUUCAGGCUGGUGCCGGACCCGAUAUCGAAGAUUUUGAAGGCAUGAAGCCUCUGCAUCAAGCUGCGGCAAACGGCAGUAGUAAUAUCACGAGGCUGCUCCUAGAAGCUGGUGUUGAUCCGUUGACCCCUCGGACAGGCGAUGCGUACCUGAGUGGUAGUAGACAGCGACAGUUCGAGCAGGGCGGAUACACACCACUUCAGUACGCCUGUGAUAAUGGCCACUUUGACGUUUUGGAGGCAUUUAUACCGCACCUCACGCUGGAUGCCAAGCAGCUCGCACUUCACUGGGCUGUGGAUGCAGGUCGCGCUCGAAUUGUGAGGCGACUGCUUCAAGAGCCUGAUGUCAAUCCCAACGCAAGGAUCGGACGGCCACCCCCGCUCUUUGUUUCCGCCUUGGCGGGAGAUGUUGAUUGUAUGGAGGCUUUGGUCGAUGCCGGUGCUGAUGCUUCCAUCCAGUGCACAGACUCCCUUGGAUACCUCCUCGACGUUGGGCCACUCAAGCGUACAUCUUCAUCGACGGCUCUGGAGGCAUUCUGCACUAGGGAGUCACUCUGCAUUAAUGAACACGGAGAUGAUGAGUCAGAUCCUGCUCAGUUCCAGCGUGGCUUCUCUCUCCUACUUCGGGCUGGGGCGGAUGUGAAUGCAAAAGCAGGCAACGGCAUUGCCCCGCUACACCUUACACGCAGCUUGGAAGUUUUCAAGUUGCUUCUUCAGGCGGGAGCGGAUCCCAAUGCAGAGACAGAAAGCGGAGAGACGGUACUUCAUUGUUUCCCCGAAGGAGAAGAUGAGGACGGCUCGUGUCUCAAGCUUCUCAUGGAGAGAGGGGCCGAUCUAAACAGAAGGGAACAUUCCACAGGGAAAACACCCCUGCUAACCGCCAUCAAGAAAAACUUCCAUCUCGCACUGAAUAUGCUCGAAUACAGGCCAGAUUGCACUGCUACAGACUACGAUGGGAACGGACCAUUGCAUCAAGCCUUGAUGGCCAACAACAAAGACCAACUACACACCUUGCUCUCAGCUCUCAUCUCGAACGGCGCUGACCCAAAUUUAAGAAACGGCAACGGCGAGACACCGCUGCAUGUCCUAGCUUGUCACCUAUCUUCUUUUCACUUUGGCGAUUCCGCUGAAGUCAAUUCUUAUGAAGAACCUCUUCGUCUUCUUAUCAGUCACGGUGCCAUAAUUGAUGCCCGCGAUUCGCAUGGCCGUACCCCUUUGUUCAGAAUCAUUGGCCGCGCCUCCGGUCAAGACCUCUGCCGACAAAUGCAAGUUUUCCAUUCAGCAUCUGCCAGUUUGGAUGUCGUUGAUAAUUUGGGUCGGACUCUUCUCCACGAGCUCUUUGGAUCACUUCUGCAGUCUAUCGGAAGCGAGCCGAAUCUGGUGGCGUAUCGGUAUCUUGUUCACCGUGGAGUCUCGCCAAUUGCGGUGGACUUUGCAGGAAACACCUUGUACCAUGAAAUUGCAAGGCUACGUUAUUGGGACUCGUUGUCGGAUCCGACUGAGAUACUCGAAGAGAUCGCUCGAGCUGGCGUGGACAUGGAUCAACCAAAUCUUGCCGGACAGACUCCCGUACAGCUCGCAUGUCAGCUACGAACUGUAAAGUAUGGAGCGGGGUCAACCUCAUGCAUCAAGUGGCUGCUGGCGAGGUCCAAAGCCAUUGAUACGGCGGACUCUCGAGGUCUUAGUCCCAUCCACUACGCUGCUUCCCUCUCCGAAUAUUCCGUGGAUAUUCUGCUGCAGGCGGGGGCAGACCCAUUUGUUUCGACAAAAGAUGGCAUGAAUGCACUUCAUAUCGCGUCAAGGUGUAGAAGAAGUAAUAUUCUUGGGCGCAUUCUCUUUUGGAUGAAGGAUUUAAACCCAUCAAGGGCAAUUGAAUCGGCCAACCAAAAAGACCUUGCCGAACACACUCCGCUACACUACGCCAGUCGCUCGGGUAGGCCAGAGUCAGUUGCGUUGUUGCUCGAGGCUGGUGCAGAGGUUGAGCCUAGCUUCAACAAAUCUCGUCGGAUCCGGAUGGGAGAACCGUGGUUCCCUCCCAUUCUCCAGUGCACUUUCUUCCAGCUAGAGCAAAGUCUGUGGGGUGUUGACCCAGAUGAACAGAGUCUAGGCGCCCAUGGGCUGACUAUCAAGGACAAGAGUCGACCGUUGGACGAGUACAACGAUGACGAAAUCAUCCCAUCAGUAAUGAUAUUCCACCGACUACACCACACUGCACGAUGUGAGGAAAUCAUUCGAAUGCUUCUCAAGGCUGGGGGAAGCUUGUACACAGACUCCCAAUGGGGUGAUCCGGUUAUUUUUGACGCAAUGGCACACGCGGCACGGCAUCGAGAUGACUAUGUCACCGAACUUCUUUGCAGGCUCCACGAUGAGAUCCAGGGAGCGGAAACCCCAGACCCCUUGUACAAUGCCAUCUUGAUGAGCAAGGCUCGCCGGCAGUCCGACACAAGGAUUCUUCGCGAAACGAAGCCGGUGAAAGUUGGAGAAGCCAACUGGGACACAGUUCAGCGGUUUCUCGUUGACCGCCAAUACUCUUUGAUCCAGGAUCUUUACAAGUCAGGGGCCAAUUUCACGAUGCAUGGCGAAGACGACCAACCCAUCCUGCAAGGAUUUGUUGAAUGUGGCCUGACCGACUUGUUGGAUGGAUGCUGUUCUCCAGAGGAUGUUGCAAUGUUUGACGACCCGGAGCAGAACACUGAGCGUGGGCUUAGGCCCCUGGUGUUAGUGGCGUGCGAGCGCAUGCUCCCAAACAUGGAUAUGCUUCGUUUACUAGUCGAGAAGAAAGGAGCGAGUGUUAAUGCCCGUGAUAGUGACCACGGGGGUAACACUCCACUCCACGUUCUUGCAGGGGCGACUAAUUGGUGGCAAGCAGCCGAGGCAAUUCCGUAUCUAGUGUCUCAGGGCGCGGAUAUAGAGGCUCGCAACUUCGCGGGCGAGACACCGCUCCACAUAAUGGUCCGAGAUGCAGCAAGGGCAUUGCUGGAGCUUGGUGGCGAUCCCAAUGCCACCGAUGACUUUGGAAUCAACCUCCUCGCGAAAUCUCGAGGUGACGAAGUCCUCACCAAACUCUUGAUCAGUUAUGGGGCAAGGGUCGGUACCGCAGCCAUAGCGAACGCCCUCAGUCCACCGGACCUGGGGGUCUCAGCCUUGGUCAAAUCCUGGACUUGGGAUUUGAGGGUUCCACCAAGAUCCAGAAAGAAGCAGGGUCCGGGCUUCUACCGCAGACAUCCCCUGCUCUUGGCGGCUUUCCAUGGCAUUUGCAUGUUCGGUGCAAAUACCUUGGGAGAUCGAACGGUUGCACUACAAGCUAUGGAGGCUCUCUUGGAGGCAGGCGCGAGCCCAUAUGACACAUAUCUCGAGCCGAUGGACGAUCGAUAUCAGCCUCCGAUGUUGAGUCAUCUGCCCAACACGCCCAAUCUUGUUGCCAGUGGCGUGUGGCACAACGGCCGUAUCAACCCUCAGCAAUCAGAACCGUCAAGCCAACACAUGGUCGAAAAAACAAUCGCUCACGAGGUGUUGAGCAACAAUGGAUUCUGUGAACCAAUCCUAGAUAUGCCCGGUCUUCAGUUAGAGCACCGGGACGCUUCUGGGGCGACCCUGUUGCUAGCAUCCUGCAGAUCAACGUCGUUUUCUGGAUUGGUUGAAGCGACCAAGGCUCUCUCGCUACUUCUCGAGCGAGGGGCAGAGCAAGCCGCCGCGGACAACUCUGGAAGAAACGCGCUGCACCACUUAUUAGGAAGUGCAGUGGGUUUUGAAGACAAAUUGACCUCACUGAAACAUCUCGAAAGCGUGAUUUUGACCCUCGUCAACCAGCCUGAUAACUUUGGAUAUUACCCUCUGCAUUACGGAUUAUCAUCUUUCGGUGUUACCGUAUCCGACGCAACCCGUGUUCAGCCUGGGGCUCCUAUUUGGAUAGAUCAUCUUCUCUCUCGCAGUGCGGACGUGGCUGUUUUGGAUGGCCUGGGGAACAAUGCGCUUCACUACCUUGCCUCCGGGCUUGCACAACCCCGAGUAGGCCUGUCGGUUGAGCAUGCACAAAGUCUUUUUAAACGCAUCGCGGGUUUGGGUGUUGAUGUGAAUGGGCAGAACCAAGCGGGGCAGACACCUAUACACUUCCUCUGCUCCGACAGUGAAGCCAGAAUGCGCAGUAUGGGCUUCUGGAGAUCCGAAUUUGAAGAGAGUGAGUUUGACACGUCGAUGACAAUGCUGGACGAUCUAGGGACGGACUGGUAUGCACGUGAUAGCAUGGGGAGGACAGCUUUGCAUUUCAUGGCGAGCAGCAACGCGUACAUCUUCAAGCAGAUUGUGGCCCGGGGAGUUGAUCCACUCCUCGAGGAUAUGGAAGGACGGACCAGUUUGGACAUGGCGGCGAUGCACAACAACACCGAGGUGCUGGCCAUGUUUGAGCUGGACACCUCAAAUGCGAUGCAGGGUAGCGAUGAUGGGGUCUGCAGGUGA